CAUUUAUUAUUUUAUUAUUAUUACUAGUCAAUGGAUUUAUUAAUGAUGAUACAGAGAGGACUGUUACUAGCGCUCCCUAAUCACCUCCUCUGGUUAUUAUUAUUCUAUUUUUAUUUCCAUUCCUAUCUCAACGUCCUUGCUGAGCUACUGAGGUUUGGUGAUCGCUCCUUCUACAAGGACUGGUGGAACGCUGACAGUAUUGAUACCUUCUGGAGACACUGGAAUGUACCAGUGCACCGCUGGGCUGCUAGGCAUGUGUAUUACCCGUUGCUCAGUAGAGGGUAUUCCAGGGUUAUGUCUCAGAUAGCAGUGUUCCUGUUGUCAGCUUUCUUUCAUGAAUAUUUGGUUAGUAUUCCUUUGCGUAUGCUAAGGCCCUGGGCAUUCACUGCUAUGCUAUCUCAAGUACCGCUAGCUCUUUUAACGUCAUUAGAAGUGAUGAGAGGUCAGCCUGGUAAUGUGGUGGUAUGGGUAUCCAUUAUACUGGGACAACCUCUGGCUAUUAUGAUGUACAUGCACGACUACCUCAUCCACAAUAAAUUGUAAUAAUAACUACUCUA